AUGGCUGAUAUCGAAAAAUUCGAUCUUGUCGUCGUUGGUGCAGGUAUACACGGCCUAGUCAUCGCCAAAACAUAUCGCGAUGUUCACCCCGAGGCGUCAAUUUUGGUUCUCGACAAGUCCCCCUCAAUAGGAGGGGUAUGGGCAAAAGAAAAACUGUACCCAGGACUUCAUACAAACAACCAUUUCCGCACGUUCGAGUUUAGCGACCUUCCCAUGGAUACAGAGGGCUUCGACCUUGUAGACGGUCAUAUACCUGGAGAACAUGUCAACAAGUACUUGCACAGCUACGUGGAAACCUUCGAUUUGGCAAAACACAUGCGUCUCGAAACCAGUGUCAAAUCAGCCGUGGACCAAGGAUCGAUGGGCUGGAUAUUAACCGUCUCACAACAUACAAACUCGACCGAAAUAGAGCACCAAAUCGAGGCUUCGAGGUUAGUCGUUGCAACGGGGCUGACUUCGGAACCCUCGAUGCCCAAACUUGAUGGGAAGGAAACAUUUGGUGCACCAAUAUAUCACUCGAGCGAAUUUGCAAAAGCCGAGGGCGGCCUGGGACCGUAUAAGAAGAUUACUCUACUCAGCGGCGCCAAAUUCUCAUGGGAUAUUGCAUAUGCUUAUGCCUCCGCAGGCGUCCAAGUGGACUGGAUCAUCCGGGAAUCAGGCCACGGUCCUUGUUGGAUGAUGCCAAACCGUCUGACGCCUUUAAAGAUCAUCCCGGAGCUACUUAUACAAACACGACUGAUUACAUGGCUUAGCCCGAGCAUGUGGGAUGAUGGCUUCACUUACAUCCGCAACUUCUUCCAUCAGCAUUGGUUCGGAAAGAAGAUCUCAGACGCCCUUUUCAAGAAGAUGCAGCACGCCACUGAACAAAUCAACGGCUACGAUUCCCAUCCCGAAACCGCAAAGCUCAAACCCUGGGACGACGUCUUCUUCAUCGGCACAAACCGCGGUCUCUUGAACUAUAAAAGCGACUUCUUCGAGCUUGUGCGCAACGGCAUGAUCAAAGUUCACAUCGCAGACAUCUCGCACCUUUCUCCCCACACCAUCCACCUCUCCACCGGCACUGCAAUCGAAUCCGACGUCCUAAUAUGCGGCACAGGCUGGAAAGACACACCUCAGCUCGACUUCCAAACAACCAAAGACCUCGGUCUCCCCGGCCACACCUCCAAAACACCAAAAGACCACAUCCGCGCCGCCGACGCCCAAAUCUUCGCCACCUUCCCCAAACUCCAGAACCAGCCUACCCCACGCAAUGCGUCUGCAGAAAAGACUAGCAAGGAAAACCAGCAAGAACCCUACCGCCUCUACCGCUACAUAGUGCCUCCCGCAUUCAUCCCAACCCGCACCCUCGCCUUCGCUGGCGCCUACCGCAGCCCCGCCACAACCAUAAUAUCGCAAACCCAAGCGCUAUGGAUAACCGCCUACCUCGACGACCGCAUCCCGUCCCUCCAGAACAUGACAGCAUCCAAGCGCAUCAUGUACGAAACAGUGCUGCACACGCAGUUUAGCAGGUGGCGCUACAGCCGCGGGUUCGGGGCCAGGUUCCCGGAUAUGUUUUUUGAUUGUUUGCCGUAUGUGGAUCGGUUGUUGCGGGAUGUUGGGGUGAGGAAUGAGAGGAAGGGGAGUUGGUGGAGGGAGAGGUUUACGGCGUAUAUGCCGGGGGAUUAUAGGGGGGUUGUUGGGGAGUAUUUGGCGUUGGGAAGGUGA